GCCCGCCAGCAGCCCGCGGGCCAGCGAGCCGCAGAGGGCCGAGCCUCGGACGCCGGCGCCUCCUUCUGCCAUUGUUCGUCUGGCGGCUGCAGAGGCGGGCACGGGAGCCCGGGCCCCGGAGCCAGCGCAACGUCAUGACAACAGAGAAGAGUUUAGUGGCUGAGGCUGAAAAUCCACAGCAGCAGCAACAGAAGGAAGAGGGUGAGGGAGCCACAAACUCGGGUCAACAGGAAACUCAGCUGGAAGAGGCUCCUCAAGCAGCAGCCGAGGGAGAUAAUCAGUGUGAGCAGAAGCUGAAAACAUCUAAUGGAGACACUCCAACACAUGAAGAUUUGACCAAGAACAAGGAGCGGACAUCAGAAAACAGGGGCCUGUCACGGCUGUUCUCCUCAUUUCUCAAAAGGCCUAAAUCUCAGGUCUCUGAGGAGGAAGGCAAAGAAGUAGAGUCAGCGAAAGAGAAAGGUGAAGGUCAUAAAGAGAUAGAAUUUGGAGCCAGUCUUGACGAAGAGAUCAUUUUAAAGGCCCCGAUUGCAGCUCCUGAGCCUGAGCUCAAAACCGACCCAUCCUUGGAUCUUCAUUCAUUAAGCAGUGCAGAAACACAGCCUGCUCAGGAAGAACACAGAGAAGAUCCCGAUUUUCAGACUGAGGAAGGAGGACUUGAAGACUGCUCUAAAAUAGAAGUAAAAGAAGAAAGUCCUGAAUCAAUAGCAGAAGGAGAAUUAAAAGCUUCCCAGAAAUCGAUCAGAAGACACAGAAACAUGCAUUGCAAGGUUUCUUUGUUGGAUGACACAGUUUAUGAAUGUGUUGUGGAGAAACAUGCUAAGGGACAAGAUUUACUUAAACGAGUAUGUGAACACCUCAAUCUUUUGGAAGAAGACUACUUUAGUCUAGCCAUUUGGGAUAAUGCAACCUCUAAGACAUGGCUAGAUUCUGCCAAAGAAAUAAAAAAGCAGGUUCGUGGUGUCCCUUGGAAUUUCACAUUUAAUGUAAAGUUUUAUCCACCUGACCCAGCACAGUUAACAGAAGAUAUAACAAGGUAUUAUUUAUGUCUUCAACUUCGGCAGGACAUAGUUGCAGGACGUCUGCCCUGUUCAUUUGCAACCUUAGCAUUAUUAGGUUCUUAUACCAUCCAGUCUGAGCUGGGAGACUAUGACCCAGAACUCCAUGGUGCAGAUUAUGUUAGUGAUUUUAAACUGGCCCCAAAUCAGACCAAGGAACUUGAAGAGAAGGUCAUGGAACUGCAUAAGUCAUACAGGUCCAUGACUCCAGCUCAGGCUGACCUGGAAUUUCUUGAGAAUGCCAAAAAGUUGUCUAUGUAUGGUGUUGACCUUCAUAAAGCAAAGGACUUGGAGGGAGUGGAUAUCAUCCUAGGUGUCUGCUCUAGUGGCCUUCUGGUUUACAAAGAUAAGCUGAGAAUUAACCGCUUUCCUUGGCCCAAAGUGCUGAAGAUUUCUUACAAACGUAGCAGCUUUUUCAUUAAGAUUCGGCCUGGAGAGCAAGAACAGUAUGAAAGUACAAUCGGAUUCAAACUUCCCAGUUACCGAGCAGCUAAGAAAUUAUGGAAAGUCUGUGUAGAGCAUCACACGUUUUUCAGACUGACAUCUACAGACACCAUUCCUAAAAGCAAAUUUCUUGCCCUGGGAUCUAAAUUUCGAUACAGUGGCCGAACUCAGGCUCAGACCAGGCAAGCUAGUGCUCUGAUUGACAGGCCUGCCCCACACUUUGAGCGUACAGCAAGUAAACGGGCAUCCCGAAGCCUUGAUGGAGCAGCAGCCGUUGAUUCAGCAGACCGAAGUCCUCGGCCCACCUCUGCACCAGCCAUUGCUCAGAGUCAGGCCGCAGAAGGCAGCGUCCCAGGUGCACCUGUUAAAAAAGCAGUGGUUUCUAAAGCCCCGAAGGAAACAGUGGAGGUUGAAGUGAAAAAGGAAGAAGUCCCACCUGAGCAACCUGAGCCAGAGCUCACAGAAGCGUGGAAGGUGGAAAAAACCCACAUCGAGGUCACAGUACCCACCUCAAAUGGUGACCAAACACAGAAAAAGAGAGAGAGACUAGAUGGUGAAAACAUUUAUAUCAGACAUAGCAAUUUAAUGUUGGAGGAUUUAGACAAAAGUCAAGAAGAGAUCAAAAAACAUCAUGCCAGCAUCAGUGAGCUGAAAAAGAACUUCAUGGAAUCUGUACCAGAACCACGGCCUAGUGAAUGGGAUAAACGCUUAUCCACUCACUCUCCCUUUCGAACACUUAACAUCAAUGGGCAAAUUCCUACAGGAGAAGGAAAUAUAAAUGGCAUUCGCACAGAGGAGGUGGCUGCCAUGACCAAGGGGCCAUCUACCAACCCUGACUCUGAAUGGGAGGGCCCCAAGCAUUCAGUAAUUCCUAGUAAGAGCCAAAUGACUACCCCGUCGGAGUCUCCACAAAACUUUGACUUUGGCUCCCUCUCCAUAAGCAGCAAGGAGACAGAAGAGAAGGAGCAGGGGGCAACUGGCUAUCUUGAUAUUAAGAAAAUGUCAAGAGGUCCAAGUGGGGAAUGUGUAGGAGUGGAGGAACAGGCCAGUGCCUUAAAGUCCUCAAUAUCACCAGCUUCCUCUCAGCUGCAACUUGCUGAAAAAAAAGCAGAGAGUAGUGAAGAACAUGUUAUACCAGGAGAGCCUGUUGGAGAGCAAAAUGGAUCAUUUCUUGACUCUCGUGUGGGUAACCAGUUCCCCACCUUCAUUCGAAGUUUCCAGCCUCCACUGGUGAAGACUCAGACCGUCACCAUCUCAGACACUGCCAAUGCUGUGAAAAGUGAAAUUCCAACCAAAGACGUCCCUAUAGUCCACACCGAGACCAAGACCAUCACUUAUGAGGCUGCCCAGACUGAUGACAGCAACGGGGACUUGGACCCAGGAGUCUUGCUGACAGCUCAGACCAUCACAUCUGAGACCACCAGCAGCACCACCACAACUCAAAUUACCAAGACUGUAAAAGGUGGGAUUUCAGAGACCCGGAUUGAAAAGAGAAUUGUGAUCACAGGAGAUGCCGAUAUUGACCAUGAUCAGGUCCUCGUACAGGCCAUCAAGGAGGCAAAGGAGCAGCACCCAGACAUGUCAGUGACCAAGGUGGUCGUCCAUCAGGAAACCGAAAUCUCUGAGGAGUGAGCUCAGGAACUGUCCUACCCUCCCCCCUCCCCCGACUCCCUGCCCAUCUUCCAUUCCAGAGAAAACCAGCAGAAUGAUAAAGAAGCUAACCUGCAAUAGUCAGACUUCAGACUUUUAAGAUGAUUGAUUCUAAACCACCAGAAAAGCAAUUUCAUUUUCUAUUUGGAGUUUAUACCAAGAAAGUCUUCUAGAUAUCACUGAUGCUUUUGAAUACAUUUUUCUAUAUUGUGAUACCAGAAAUUGUUCAACUUUUCACUCUUUGGACUGUUUUUAAAGAGCCUUUUGUUUUUUUAUGGGGUCGUUUGUAACCCCUUCAGCCCAGCCUCUCCCCAUUUAUACUGACAGGGUCCACAGCAUUCUUUGGGAAAUCCUCCAAUGACUCCGUCAGCUGUGUUGGGGGACAAAGCCAGCUUAGUGGGGCUUCCCUGCUCCUCCCCUAGUUUAUACCCUUUAGAUGGCAGCAGAAACUUCAUAAACCAGCCCUUUCUCAGAGCCAGUGAUGUAACUUUAUCAGAAUGUCAGGCAGGGCGGCUGCCCUGAUCCAGAGACCCCAGGAAGAUGUCCCUGUCCCUUUGCUGAGGGUGGUUUGGUGAGGCAGAGGCCUCUGCUAAGAAUGUAGUAUUGUUUUCUUUCCUCUCUCCUGUUCUUUCUUUUUGGAGCUUCUUUAGAUCAAAGACAUAAGAAGUUGCUUCAGAUAUAUCUGAUACUGUGAAUGUUUGAACAUAUCCGUGGCCUUCACCUUCCUGCCCUCCCUCCCUUUUUACCUCAUCAGAAGCAGUGGCUCUGCUAAGUGCUCCCCCCACCUCCCAUCUCAGGAGAGACCAAAACUCACAGAAAAAUAGGCACUUUGGGCCAAAAGCACUGACCACACAUUUUUAGUGGUGAUUUGGACAAAGAAAGUUGACGAGAUUUUUUUAAAGGUUUUCUAGUUCUGGGAAUGUGCACUUCACACAGGGGAGUGGUGGAGUUUAUCUCAGUUGGAUCCUGCUAAGAAGUAUUUCCAGGAGACCAUCCCUGAGCCUCUCUCUUUAAUCCUGGGGUGAGAAAGGAUGUGACUGAGAGAGGAGGGGGUCGUGGUCCAGACCGGCCCCUACCUGCAGAUACCCUUCUGGAGCGUGGGAAUUGGCUUUUAGGGGCCACGCUCCCCACAAAACCCCACUUGACAAGGGGUACAAACACCAGCUCCACUCAUCCCCACUUGCCAUCUGAGGUCUGUCAGGUUUUGUGGCUUGAUGUUUGUGGUGGGUUUGGGUUUAAUUUUUUGUUUUUGUUUUUGAAAAUGAGGACUGAUGUCCCCAAUUCCACUAUUCCUGGUAAAGAUUAGGGGACAUUUUUAUUCAGUAGCGCUUCUCUUAUCUUCCAGCUUGCUUCCCACAAACAGAUCUACCUACAAGUUCUUAGAAUCCUGAUUCUAGGACAGAAAGUGAGCUUCCUGAGGUGGACAGCGGGUCCCCGUCAGCAGUGGCUGGGGGCUGCAGGGCGGUGAGCAGGAGAGAAGUCUACAGCCUCUGCUCCCGGCCCUCAGCACGUCUCCGGAGUCUCUGCUGGCUGAGCUUUGUUUAGACAAACUCAGUUGGUUUGAACUGAUUUCACGAGUGUGCGUUUUUCUCUUAGUACUUACUUGAGACUGUUACUAACCAACAGGUAGCUCUCUCUGGGCAGGGACAGGAAGAGCUCAGGUGGGAUAUGUGACAGGCUUGUGGGGGAAAGAGAGUGCCCUGUCUCAGGGACAGACAGCAUGGGGCAUACAGUCUGGAACGAUGGGGCUUUCCAGGCCGUGCCCAAGCCCGAGCUUUGUUGCCCAGAGCGGUGGUGAGGUUGGAAAUCCAGCUCACAUCAAAUAGGCUUGCGAUGUGAGCUCACUUGCCAGUGGCCAGCUGUCCUGCUGGAAGAGCUGCUGGAGCUUGCAGAGCUGCAACCUGUGGAAUGAAGAUGGGGAAAGGAAGAGGGCACAGCAUACACAUCAGGAACCUGGCACGCUGAGUAUCCUGUGCCGUCCAGGUCAGUAUGGCCACUUUCACUGCCUAGGACCACAAAUCAGGGGCCUGAACUUCCCCUCAAUCUGUCACCAACUCACUUCACCCUGCUUCCUUGUCUAUAAAUUGGACCAGAAGACCUCCAAUGCCCUUCUGGCGCUGAGAAGCCAUGAUUUGGACAAUCCAACACGAGGGGUGUCCUUCCAAGCCUCUUUCCUUUUCCUCCCUCUCUGGUUACAGAACUUGGGGUUUGGCAAUUGUUUGGAUCUUUUUUUUUCUUCCUGCAACUGUGUGUGUGCGUGUGUGUGAAGAAAAACAGACUGUCCAGGUGGAAAUGGUGAAGAGGGGAGAAGAGUUCAUUUCCAGUGUCAACAACUUGGCAGUUUUCCUAAAGUGACUCAGGCACAGCACAGGAACAACUCGCACUGCAAUUUUAUUUUUAUCUCACUUCAGAAACAAAGAUUUCUUCCAAGCCAUGUGAGGUCUCUGCCACCCACCUACCCAACCCACCCACAAAGCAGGACCUGAAUUUAUCCGCUGAGGGCCCACAGAGCCUAGCUGCAGGAACCUGUCAGGGAAUGUCUGCCCGCCCCCAGCCCCCCACCGUGUGUUCUGCGGGGCAGCUGAGGGUGAGGGAGCAACAGUCCACCUCGGGAAAUGGAGCCAGGGCUAUGGCCUGACCAACACCAAGGAAGGCUCGUGGGAAAUACCUGUCCAGGAUCUUAGCCCCAGGCUGGUUGGUUUUACAGAUCUCUCUCAAAUGUUUUAUUUUGGUGACAAAAAUGAAGGAGUUUUGUAAAUUAAAAAAAAAAAUUAUGAAUCAUAUCAAGUAGUUGUUUACAUUUCUUGACAAAAUAGGAACUAUGCCAGCCGAAUCAAAUUGGCAAAAUCCUUAGAUUAAAUAGGCAAUAAUUAGAUCUGCCGUUUUGGCCUUUUGUAGUUAAGAGAAGUGGUGGUAGUGUUUAGAUACUGUUUGGUCUUGCUUCUUCUUGUAUUGCAUUUUUCAAUAAAC